ACUUGCCUUUCGAUCUCAAGAUCCAUCUUCUCUUUCCUUCUUGGGCGGGACCUAAGGCCGCAGGAGAGAAAAUCAAAAUAACUGGCAAUGGCCUUCAAAGUUGUCUCUCUUGCUUUCCCCUAUCUAGACUCUAGCUAAUAUCCCUCCCGAGAUCGGGCAAAACCCUCUCACUCUCAGUCCACUUACAGCGCUGUAUCUCUUCUUCCUCGUCUUCUAGUCUCACUACCUUUCUCCCCCCCCCUCUCCCCCUUCCCCUCCCCACAAGCUCUCUCUCGCGCGCUGCUUCAUCUUCUACUCUCUCUUCUGCUGUAUUCCAAAAGCAGUCGGUUCCUGCAGGAAUAUCUUGCCAUUCCUUUCUCUUUACUUGCGAUUAUCUCUCGCCGUUGGGGUGGGUACCUCCAGUUUUUCCGCUUCUUGCCUUAUUUCUUCUUCAUCCCGCUGCGAGGGGUGACAGAUCUAGCGAGUGAACGAGCGGGCUAGAGAGAGAAAUGAACAAGAGUUUUAGGGCAUCCGAGGCGCAAGGGGCGGGGACCCGUGGAAGAACCUUGGGAGCGGUGAUAAAGGAGAAGGACGAAGAGCUUGCCCUCUUCCUUGAGAUGCGCAAGCGCGAGAGGGAGAAGGAGCGCAGCAACAGCUUCCUCCUCCACCAUUCCUCUGAUGAACUCGAUCUGCCACCUGGUUCAAAUUCAGGGAGCGCUCCCUUAUUUAAGAUCGCGUCUAGCACUCCAAUGCAUAAAACUGGUAUCGACGACUUCCUCAACUCCGACAGUGAUAAGAAUGACUAUGACUGGCUGCUUACGCCACCUGGUACUCCUCUAUUCCCAUCUCUGGAGAAUGAGUCAAAAAGAUCGCCAGGAGUCCAUGUUGGGACUCUAAAAUCUCGUCCGACUGUGCUCAAAUCAAGGUUGGCAGAUUUUCCGGAUUCUUCCGUAAGAAGCACCUUAGCUUCAAGACAAGCAACAUCAUCUGCUGGCUUGAGCUCAUCAACAGCUGUGGUAACUCGGAGGCCAUCAUCAUCCGGAGGCCUUACCCAUACUUCAUCAUCAAGGCCUGCUACUCCAACCGGACGCCCUACAUUAACUGCUGUGGCAUCUAAACCUUUGAGACCUUCGACUCCAACAACUCGGGCUACCAUCCCUUCAAAGCCCGUGGUUCAUCCUCCGAGAUCGUCGACUCCUGCUAGAUCUUCCACACCAACAUCAUCAAGGCCUUCUAUACCAGCACAGAGCAGGCCUGCUACUGCAAGGUCUUCUACGCCAACAAAAAGACCCUCCACCUCAACCACCACUCCACCCAGUCAACCUACAGCAGCAAGUUCUGCUCCACCAAGUCGGUCUUCUUCCAUCGCAAAGUCACGCCCUACAACCACAACUUCGAAGGGUACUUCAGUACCAAAAUCAUCAUCAUCACGUGGCAGCUCACCUACUGUAAGAUCUAGACCUUGGAAACCAUCCGAUAUGCCUGGAUUCUCCCUUGAUGCCCCCCCAAAUCUGAGGACAUCUUUACCUGAAAGACCCUCUUCCGCUUCUCGGGGUAGACCUGGAGCUCCCAGCUCUUCUAGAUCAUCUUCUGUUGAGCCUGGACCACCUGCUCGCCCAAGAAGGCAGUCUUGCUCCCCAUCCAGGGGAAGGAGUCCAAAUGGCAUUACUUCCAAAGCGAACUGCAGUCCAACCAUGGGCAGAUCGCAUCUAAACAGUGGUGACAGUGUAAACCCAGUUCUAAUUGGAAAUAAGAUGGUUGAACGUGUAGUUAACAUGAGGAGACUAGCACCUCCAAAGCAAGAAGACCAAAGUUUGAACCAUAAUAACCUUGCAGGAAAAUCAUCGGCAUCUCCUGAUAGUGCUGGCUUUGGGAGAACACUGUCUAAAAAAUCACUGGAUAUGGCUCUGCGGCAUAUGGAUAUAAGGCGGAGUAUCCCAAACAGUUUACGUCCGCUGAUGACGAAUAUUCCAGCAUCCUCUAUGUACAGUGUGAGGUCAGGGCCUACAAGAAGCAGGGCCGUCAGUGUUUCAGACUCUCCUCUUGCUACAAGCAGCAAUGCCAGUUCCGAGCAAAGUGUCAAUAACACUAUGAUUUGCUUGGAUGGAACUGAACUUGAAGAGGAUCUAGUGAGUGAGAAAGGAGGAAGGUCCUCUCCUGUGGGACGGGUGACCAGAUGAUGGUCUAGAAGAAUCGUGGAAGUCCUUUGCUGCUCCACGGCGCCUCGCAAGCCUAGAAAUCCUGGAAAUGUAUACACUCGAUUGUAUACGUUUCACUUACAUAUCUAUGGGAAGGCCAUAGAACCAGCUUAGUUGGACUUUGUUGUAGAUGGUCAUUAUGGGAUUCCUGUUUAUUUUUUUCUCAGCUUGGCUGUCUGCAAAUCUUGUUUAUUUCCUGACCAAAAAAAUUGCCUUGUUCACCUAUUUGGGAUUAUUAACACGUACUAUGCAUUACUGGUGACAAGCACAAUAUAAUCAUACAAAAUUAACUUA